UAUAUUAGGUAGACGGAAAGUAACUUUCUUUACCGAUUCCAAUUUUUAUUAUAGAUGACUCAAAUACGUAUAAAUGUAUACACAUAUAAAAAUACGUUAGAUGAUACACACAUAUAUAAAAAAAAAAAUGAAUAUAUUUGAAUUCUUGAUUCUUCUCGUUGUCGAUUAUUAUUAAUUAUAUAAAAAUGAAUGUAAAAUGAAAUAAUGAAUAUUAAUUUAUGAAGUACCAUGUAUCGAUCAAUUACGAUUCACAGAUUGUUCGAUAUCGGUAUCCAGGUGAAAGUGUCUUUGUAUAUUUGAAAUUAUAUACUUUGAAUGCUACUCACGUUUUAUUUCGACCGCUUCCGUGGUAUAUAACUCCCCACGAUAUAACUUUUCAUUCAAAUAUUGUCUCGAUUUUUGUUACUGUCAAGAUCGGCGUCUUCUUCUUUAACUUGGAUAUCGCGAUGUGGAAAUAUACAAUACUCUGUAGCUUAUUAUGCAGCUUGGUAUCAAUGGAAGCACCUGUGCAAGGUGGUAUAAAGCCUACAAACGUUUUGGGUGGACCGGAACAACACGCAUCUUUUAGCUUUGUUAGGCCAGGAUUAACUCAAACAUCAUUUUCCUUCGGCGGUCCGAGCUCUUAUCAAUCCUUUAGUUCGAGUAUUGGAAAUCCUCAAUUAGCUCAAAGAGUAUUGCCGAGUCUGGCACAGGCUCUUGCUUACAAAAAUCCUGGUUUGGGCUUUUUUCCGUUUGGACCUGUCUCUCAUGGUUAUGCAACUGCAUCAAUAGCCCCAGGUCUUUCUGCCUCUGGUCCUGCACCUUUACCGUAUCAAGCACAAUUUGAUCAGGGCGCUGCAUUGGCGUAUCUUCAACAAUUGCAACAAUUGCAACAAUUACAACAAGCGCAAGUACAAAAUUAUCCGAAUGUCGUUUAUCAAGGACAAUUGGGACAGCUUCUUGCUCUCAGGCAAGCUCAGGCGCAAGCGCAAACUCAAGCUCAAGCUCAAGCUCAAGCUCAAACUCAAGCGCAACAGGUCCAAACGCAACAGCUCCCAGAGCAAAUUCAACUUCAACAAGAACAUGUACAACAACAGCAACAACAUCAAUCGCAAAACUUAUUGGGGGUUGCUUAUUCGUCGGCACCUUCUGUAGCACAUGUCAAGGUCAGCGGAAAUGGAUACAAAUUCGAUUUUUAAAGAACAUGAUUUGGCAUCAUCCUUUGUAUAUACUUAGUAAAUCAGUGUUUGAAAUGUCACAUUUUAUUUAAUAUUAUGCAUGUAUUUAUUUAUGGAUGUAUAUAUAGUAAUAUUUGUAAUUAAUUCAUACAAAUUUUUUAUUUAUAAAAACUAUAUGUAUGGGCUUUAUUUAGAUAAAUUAAAUAUUAUAAAGUAGCUAAAAGAUCGUGCUUUCUUUUUCUUCUUGCAAAUGCUCACUUUCACUUUGUAAAAUAAUUCUAAAUGACUGUCAAAAUGUAAAUCUACGAGUACAAGAACCCGUUCCAAGAUGGAUUUGAGAUUAUAAUGUAGUUCACAAGGAACAAGCUAGCAAGAAUCUUAACGAAAUUAAUUAUGAUUUUGGAUUGCAUAAUAUUAAAUUUCCUACCAUGUAGUCCGAUCCAAACUUUCUAUGUUUCAUUUUGAUUUCAAUAGAGAUUUUGAUCCAACCUUCGUCUAAUAGAUCAUGAAAUCGGACGCAGAUGUGUGAACAUUACACAUCUGCUCUGUUACACAUGUGACAAGGCUUAUGUCAGUGCCAGAAUUUGGAGAAAGUGUGUCCUUGACAAGUUCUACAAUAUCAUAUACGAUUAAAAUAUAUUACGUUACACAAAAUGAUAUUUUUUUAUGAGAUGCAAAGUAUCAUUUUUAAUAGCGAUCAAUCGGUAUUAAUGUACACGAAUUAAUACUUUUUGAAAUAAAUAUU